AUGAAGAGAGCGAUGCAAGAGUUGCUCGAUGGUCUUGAAGAUGCUAAGGACCGGAUCACCAACAUGAACGACAAGAUUCACGAAGACUUCGCCAUCGGACUCAACGCAGCUAUAGGACCACUACAAAUGAAGGACGAAGCUCUCGAAGCGUCGAUUGAAGCUUUGAAGCUGGACGUCCAAGAAAAAGACAACACCCACCAAGCCGAGAUCGAGGCCCCGAAGGUGGAGAUUCAAGAGCUCAAGACGAAGUUAGUCUUGUGCAAAAACAGCAUAGCCAACGGUGCAACCGCAAAUGAUGCAUACACCGUUCAAGCGGCGCCUAGGAUCGAGGUGCUGAAACCAAAAGACUUCAAAGAACUUGCAAUGACAGGCCUCUUUAGUGCAUACAAGAUGGGCAAAUUCAACCUCUCCCACAGGGUGGUGCUCGCACCUAUGACGAGAUGCCGAGCGUUGAACGGAGUGCCUCAGCCGGCGCUCUCCGAGUACUAUGGACAGCGGUCGACGGAGGGAGGUCUUCUCAUCACUGAAGCCACCCCCAUCACUCAAGAGGGAAUCGGGUUUCCACAUGUUCCUGGAAUUUACACCGAAGAACAAAUCGAAGCAUGGAAGAAAGUGGUGGAUGCUGUUCAUGCCAAGGGUGGUCCGAUCUUCCGUCAAUUAUGGCACGUCGGUCGAGCAUCGCAUAAAAUAUAUCAGCCUGGUGGGUGUGCACCGAUUUCAUCAACCAGCCUGUCCAUAUCGGAGAACUGGAAAAUACUCAUGCCUGAUGGAACCCAAGACAAUUUCUCCAAACCUCGAGCCUUGGAAACAAGCGAAAUUCCGAAGAUUGUCGAGCGGUUUCGUCGGGCAGCAAUCAACUCCAUCCGAGCAGGGUUCGAUGGGAUCGAGCUCCAUGCGGCACAUGGAUAUCUCAUUGAUCAGUUCUUGAAGGAUGGAAUCAAUGAUAGAAUAGAUAAAUAUGGCGGUUCAAUUGAAAAUAGGUGUAGAUUCUUGAUGGAGAUCAUUCGAGUGACAGUUGCCGCCAUUGGCGGUGAUCGCGUUGCAAUUAGAAUUUCUCCUGCGAUCAAUUUAUUUGAAGCCAUGGAUUCUGAUCCACUCAACCUAGGGCUCACCGUGAUCGAACAACUCAACUCAUUCCAAGCCGAUACGGGAUCGAAACUCGCUUAUCUCCAUGUAACUCGACCGCGAUUCAUGCCAUCGCGGGAACAAGUAUCAGAAAAUGAAGAAGCCAAGUUAAUGCAGACUCUAAGAAGGGCUUACCAUGGUACAUUCAUGUCAUCCGGCGGGUUCACUCGAGAGCUAGGGAUGAAGGCCGUGACCGACAGUGAUGCGGAUCCGAUAUCAUACGGUCGGAUUUUCAUUUCUAAUCCCGAUUUAGUAUACGGGUUCAAGAUUAACGCCCCAUUAAAUGAGUACGUUCGAGAGACCUUUUACAGCCACGACCCCGUUGUUGGAUACACGGACUAUCCUUUUCUUGGCCAAGAAGGUAGUGACAAGGACUCUUACAUGACAAAAGUGUGCUCUUGA